AUGAUCACAAGACCUCCAGCAAGGCCGCAGUCACUACUGCGAGCCUUUGUCAAGCAAGCAAAUGCCACACCUUCGUGGUUCCUCAAACGACAGGUCCGCAGAAAACACACCCUCCCCGUAUGGGCCAACCAGAGCAAACAAGAGUUCUUCUCCCGCCACGGCGUCCCCAGCUUCCUCAGUGCAGAAACCUACCAAGAAACCUACGUGAAAUACACCCAGCACCUCUGCGACCGCCUCAACGAGCUCGUAUUGGGCACUGCGGAUGAGUCCCUCUCGACCUACGAUCUGCACGCCAAAUGCGCCCACCGCGCGGACCGGGCGCACCUCUACAACCUCGCCGCCAUGGUCGAGUUCACGCGGUUCUUUUGGGAAUACCUCACGGAAAACGAAGACCCGGCAAUUCACAAACCGGGGCUCAACACCAUGAGGAGCAUUGAGGCCAGCUUCGGCAGCGUGGAGAAUCUCAGAGAAGAGAUGCUCGAGACCGCCGACGCCAUGUUCGGGAACGGAUUCGUGUGGCUCAUGAAGGGGAAGAACGUGGGCGACAUGCGCAUCCUGGCCACCUACAAUGCCGGCUCUCCCUAUCCCGACGCGGCUCCGCGACGAGACGACAAGGACAUGGCGACCUUUGACGGCCGCACCCUCUCCGAUCAACUCUCCGGUCGCGGUGGGCUGGGUUUGCCGAGCCUGGAAGAGCGGAAUAUCUCCACGGGGAACUCGACGGCGGGCUCGUUUGGCGAUUUCAGCUCUUCACGCGCAAGCCUCUACGCGGGUGCUUUGGACAUGCAACCCAUCUUGUGCGUCAACGUGUGGGAACACCAGUGGCUGAGAGACUACGGACUGCUGGGGAAAAAGUGGUAUCUGGGGGCAUGGUGGGAUCGCAUCGAUUGGCAAAAGGUGGAAAGUCAGCACGCCUUGUACGAGACCGGCAGUGAAUGGAGUGACUAUUGGUCGACUGGCAGCAGAUCGCCGUAUGCGACGUCGGGGGGAUCGAGUGUAUUGGAUGCUUUGAGGAGAUAA